GAUGUACCUACAUUUUAGUAGAGCAACAAAAAAUGGGCUCGUUACCAAGCUUCACCAAACCGUUUAAAUUAUCCCCAGGCACGAUCUUUGCACAUGUAUGAGGACCAGUCCGCACAUUUGAGCAGAGUCCACGUCCGUUGUCUCCGUGACUGUAACGUGUUUCAUGAUAUUGAAGAGAGUGAAGUUGGAGGUGAGAGAGUGAAGUUGGAGGUGAGCGUUGUGGGCCGUGCGUGUUGACACUGAUCCUAGCUUGACACUGCUGACUGGGCCUUCCGCCACCCCCCACCCCGUCACCCACGUAGCAAAGAGUGAUGACCUCACAGCAGCAUGGGAACGCCAACCCUGCCCUCCUCUCUCCACAGAACUCUUCAUCCAGUCAGGGCAGGCAACACAUUCCGCGUUCUCCAAUAGACUCUUAUUCCCGAUCUGGGCUUUCCUCUCCUCGGAGAGGCUGGGUUGCUGCGUCCUCCUCAACAACAGCUCACGGUAACUCCCUUGCGCUCUCUCUAAGCCGACUGGCUCCACCAUCGAGUAAUUCCCCCUCUAGGAGAACUACUAGCCGGGUUGAGCCGUGGCCAGAAGAGGCCGUGGAUGAUGCGUAUGGGCUUUACUCUCUUCACCGCAUGUUUGAUAUUGUGGGUGCGCAGCUGACACAUCGGGACGUGCGAGUGCUGUCCUUCCUUUUUGUGGACGUUAUUGACGAGUACGAGAGAGGAGGGAUACGGAGUGGGCGGGAUUUCUUGCUUGCGUUGGAGCGGCAGGGGCGGUGUGAUGAGACAAAUUUCCGCCAUGUUCUUCAGCUGCUCCGCAUCAUCACUCGCCAUGACCUGCUGCCCUACGUCACACUGCGUAAAAGACAAACAGUGUGCCCAGAUCCAGUGGAUAAAUAUUUAGAGGAGACAUCAGUACGUUAUGUUUCUCCGAGAGGAGUAGGAGAGGCCCAGCAGGGCACUCCUCACAGAAGAACAGGACCCCAGCCAUUGAUCUGCUGUCCUUCUUCAGGGCCCCAGGUAUGCCCACCACGUGCUAAACCCAUCCCACCUGCGCUAAGUAGGAAAAGGAAGAGAUCUCAUACGACGGCUGACUGCAGAGAAAAACAGACCUGUGACAUUCGACUGAGAGUGCGUGCAGAGUACUGUCAGCACGAGUCAGCUCUACAAGGCAACGUCUUCUCAAACAAGCAGGAGGCGCUAGAGAGGCAGUUUGAGCGUUUCAACCAGGCCAACACUAUCCUCAAAUCCCGUGACCUGGGUUCCAUCAUUUGUGAUAUUAAGUUCUCAGAGCUGACCUACCUGGACGCCUUCUGGCGGGACUACAUCAACGGCUCACUGUUGGAAGCCCUGAAGGGUGUUUUCAUCACAGACUCUCUAAAGCAAGCAGUGGGCCAUGAGGCCAUUAAGCUCCUAGUGAACGUGGACGAGGAAGACUACCAGGCCGGCAGAAGGAAGUUGCUGAGGAACCUGGUGGCAGGGGGCGCUGGUGCGGGCACGGGGAGCAGGGAGGGUCCCUUGUCCUAGUGGAGGGAUUGACUCUGGCGAGAAAGAAAUGGGAUUGCUACUUUUUGGAGAGGUGAGAUGAGUAUUCUCAAAGUGACAGUAGAACAGAUGAAGACGGAGCACUUUAUUUUUUACUCUCAAGUAUUUCACCUAUUGUAACCAUAUAUAGUAAAACACCAUUCCAAAAUGUAGGAGACGUUCGGCAUCAUCGGCCAUCUGUCACAUUAUGACUCUGAUUUUUGAAUAAUUUUAUUUUUGUUGACCAUGCCGGCUGUUGUGUUAAGUGAAAUAUUUACGUGCAAAAUAGACAGCUGGUUCAUUCAAUGUCUGUACAAAUCAAUAAACACAUUAUUAAAAAUACAAUCUGUUAUAG